AUGAAUGCUUAUAGUAAUCUUCUUGAGGUUCAUCACCUUAAUCAACUAUAUGUAUCUUUCCAGCCAAAAUGUUCAUCCAUCUCCACAGGAAAUGCAUGUUUAGGAUUGCCAGACCAUUUGAGAUCGCGAUUAGUGGUAGUAGUCCCUAGAUGUGUUUCACAUAAGACUGCAAAUCCAUUUGAGUUUAACGAGUCUUUAGAAUUUGUACCAAAAAUUACUCAGCCUGAAAAGAAGGCGGCAACGAUUCUUGAAGUUUUGCAAAAUGCCAAUUCGAUAUUGCCUCAAGUAGUACUUAUUAGUACAAUUUUAGCUUCCGUACGUCCCUCUUCGUUCACAUGGUUUACUAGCAGAUACUAUGCUCCAGCUAUUGGUUUCUUGAUGUUUGCAGUUGGACUUAACUUGAAAGAAAAAGAUUUUGUUGAAGCAUUCAAGAGGCCAGCACCUAUCUUUGCUGGUUAUGUUGGUCAAUAUGCUCUAAAACCAUUUCUUGGAUAUCUUUUCGGAACAUUGUCCAUGAGAUUACUCGGGCUUCCAAUAUCCUUAAGUGAUGGAAUCAUGUUAACUGCUUGUGUUAGUGGGGCUACACUCUCGAAUUAUGCUACUUUUUUAACAGACCAAAAGAUGGCACCGCUAAGCAUUGUUAUGACCUCACUGUCAACUGCUUCUGCUGUUUUUGUCACACCGUUGUUAACGCUUUUGCUUCUUGGGAAGAGAUUGCCUGUUGAUGUACAUGGAAUGGUUACCAGUAUUCUGCAAAUUGUUGUUACCCCUGUUGUUGCUAGCAUGCUUUUGAAUCGCUUUUUGCCUGGAGUUUCUAAAGCCAUUCGUCCGUUUCUACCUCCAAUAGCACUUGUUGUGAACUUUUUCUGCAUCGGAGCUCCACUUGCGAUAAACAUGGAGUCUAUUUUGUCUCCUUUUGGAUUAACAAUUGUGGUUAUUAUGGUCAUGUUCCAUUUAUCAGGAUUUAUCCUCGGACAUACAUUAACAGGCAUUGCAUUUCGCAAUGAACCUGACGUGGAGCCUCUACAACGAACUUUAUCUUACGAAACAGGAAUGCAAAGCAGCUUAUUAGCACUCGCAUUAGCAAAUAAAUUCUUCCAAGACCCACUCGUUGGCAUCCCUCCGGCCAUUUCAGUCAUAAUAAUGUCAUUGAUGGGAUUUUCGCUUGUGAAAAUCUGGGCCAAGAAAAAAGUUGAAAGUAUUUAA